CAUGAUUUACUUAUAACAGAAAUGUCACGUAGCACUUGUGUGCUGGAAUUUUCACUGUGUAACAAUACCACCCUUUAUGGACUGCAAGUAGAGUAGAUCAGGUUGGGACAUGAUUAAUGUGCCUGGGUGCAUGACUCUGCAUUGCUCACAGUCAGGCCAGUGCUUGUUGAUCAAGACCAUGACUGGAUUGUCAGACUUGAGACUUGAAAUAUUUCAGCAGCUUGCAUCUGGAAGUGAAGUGUACUAAAUGGGAAUUUUAGACUUUACAAAUCAGCUGCUAUAUUUUAUCCACGCUCCAUAAGCGAUCAAUAUGACUGAGAGGUCACGAGUUUGGAUGCGUAAUUGGUGCGUAAAUCCUGCAACAUUCAACGCAUUUUACAGCAACAACUGAAGUGUACUAGUGACACUGUGUCAAGUUGCCAGUGACGCUCAGGGUAUUAUCGGAAAUGUUAUUUUUAACUUAAAUGCGUUUGUAGGAUACUUGGUCAUGCAGUGGACCACGUGUCCCGCUCUGUUAGGAUAAAUGCACAAAUCACUUAGUCAAUAUAGAGAGGAACUAACGCAGCAACAAUUCUGGUGGCUGAUUCAAUAGUUUUCUAUUCUCUUUUAGUCCAACUUAACUAUCGAAACAUUAGAUACUGUUUCCAAUAUAAGCUAUAUUGUGGACCUACUGUAGUAUACUGCGGAAACAAUGUAAUGUAUUAAUUAGUUUAUACUUAAAAUAAACAGAAACGUGGAGGAUGAGAGGCAGCGACAACAAAAUCUGUUUUGGAGCGAGGAUGUUUUUAUUUUGAAAGUCUACACCGGAAGUGUUGCCUAUAUAUAUUGUGUGUAAUUGACUGUUUUUCACGGUGGCUACCCCCAGUGACAGGCACAUGCACAACAGCCUGGAUAUCAGGGAAUAGGACCUUCCGACAUCAGCGCACACCCAUCCAACGGCGCAAGGGACUGAAGAAGCGCACAGACUUCAUCCAAGAUGGCGUUAGCCAGAGAUUCAGGGACAAGCACGGACCAGAAGGAUGCAGCUGACCAAAACUUUGACUACAUGUUCAAGCUACUGAUCAUCGGCAACAGCAGCGUGGGCAAGACCUCCUUCCUGUUCCGCUACGCAGACAACUCCUUCACUUCAGCCUUUGUCAGCACAGUGGGCAUUGAUUUCAAAGUGAAAACUAUCUACAGGAACGAAAAGAGGGUCAAACUACAGAUCUGGGACACGGCCGGGCAGGAGCGUUACCGGACCAUCACCACUGCGUAUUACAGAGGAGCCAUGGGAUUCCUGCUAAUGUAUGAUAUCACGAGCCAAGAGUCGUUCUGCGCCGUUCAGGACUGGGCAACUCAGAUCAAGACGUACUCGUGGGACAACGCUCAGGUCGUGCUGGUCGGCAAUAAGCUGGACUUGCAAGAAGACAGGCAGGUGCCAACUGAGGACGCCCAGAGACUGGCUACAGAGCUCGGCUUCCAGUUCUUCGAGGCCAGCGCCAAAGACAACAUCAACGUGAAGCACGUCUUUGAGAAGCUGGUGGACAUCAUCUGUGAGAAGAUGAACGACGGCAUGAACGGUGACGCCGGUCUGUCGGCCACUUCCAAGGGGGAUGGGCUGAAGGACACGCCCAGCCAGGGUGGCUGCGCGUGCUGAGAGCUGAUGAUGGAAUUUCAUUGACUGCUGUUUCACAUCUACUCUCUCUCUCACACACACAUACACACACACACACACACACACAAUUAAUUGCCAAAAAAACCUGUCAGUGAAGAUACUGCAAUAUGAAAGCUUGAUUCUCCUUUUUUCUGUUGUUGUUGUUGCCGUCUCUCAUCUUGGCAGCGUCUCCAGUGCUUCCGCAUCAUUUGAGUGUGACUGUUACACUGAGAUGUCAGAAAGCUGUGUUUAGCAGCGGUGCCUUCUGCCCUACGCCUUUACUCUUUUAUUUCUUGCUGAGCAGGUGAGUGAGUGAGUGAGUGAGUGAGUGAGUGAGUGAGUGAGUGUACACCUGUUGCAGGAGAGGGAUGUGUACAAAAGGAGGCAUGAACCAAAAUCUGCAAUUUACUUGUGUCUUGCUGCCCCCUUGUGGGCGUCACCUAAAAAUGCUUCACUCCUUGCCCACACGUCAAUUCCUGGUCUCUGUGUUUAAAUCAGUGUUUUAGAGGGAUGUUGUUGUUUUAUUUUAAUUUAUACUUUUUUUUUUUCUUUUUUGUACUUGUGUUAUGGUUAAUGCUGGUCCAUUGUUUCCUUUUGCCAGGUGUAUUCUGUCACUCUAUAAAAGUUUAAAUUAAAUGACUUGGAUCAA